GAGUACCUUGAGCAACGAGACCUACCGACAUUGGCAAUGGCGUCCUCAGGAGCGUUCAUGGUAGCGGCGGUGCUCGGGCUGGUGCUCGCGUCGGCGCCAGCGGCGCGGGCGUGGAGCACCGAGGGACACAUGCUCACAUGCCAGAUCGCACAGGAUCUGCUGGAGCCUGCGGCGGCGCAGGCGGUGAAGAACCUUCUGCCGGAGGAGGCGGGCGGCGACCUGUCGGCGAUGUGCGUGUGGCCGGACCAGGUGAGGCACUGGUACAAGUACCGCUGGACCAGCCCGCUGCACUUCAUCGACACCCCCGACAAGGCCUGCACCUUCGACUACGCCCGGGACUGCCAUGACCCCAGCGGCGCCAAGGACAUGUGUGUGGCCGGCGCCGUCGCCAACUUCACGUCCCAGCUCAUGCACUACAAGCAGGGCAGCGCCGAUCGCAAGUAUAACCUGACGGAAGCCCUGCUGUUCCUGUCACACUUCAUGGGAGAUAUUCACCAGCCGAUGCAUGUGGGGUUCACGAGCGACAUGGGGGGCAACUCGGUGAACCUACGCUGGUUCAAGCACAAGUCCAACCUCCAUCAUGUAUGGGACAGGGAGAUAAUACUCACGGUGCUCGCCGAGCGCUACGCCAAGGACAUGGCCGCCUUCCGCAAGGACCUCCAGCACAACAUCACCAAGGGCUCAUGGUCCGACGAGUCUUCAUGGAAAGAUUGCGCGGACCUCAUGUCCUGCCCAACCAAGUAUGCCACGGAGAGCAUAGGCCUGGCGUGCAAGUGGGGCUACGACGGCGUCCACGACGGAGACACACUGUCCGAGGACUACUUCGGCUCGAGGCUCCCGAUCGUGACGCGGCGGAUCGCGCAGGGCGGAGUGAGGCUGGCCAUGUUCCUCAACCGGGCCUUCGGAGACCACAAGGCCCACGGCCGCGACGUCGCUGCGCCGGCGAACUUGGUCGUGGCUCAUGACGAUGAGCUCUAGGUCAGCGUCAAGUGACAGUCGCUGUAUUGCAUCCAUGCUGACCUGAAGACUUGGGCACGAUGACGCCUACUAGGAGACUACAACUGCUAACUUGCAUGGAAAUGAUACAGAUGAUCGGUCAGUGAAUAAUUGUUUGCGACGCCAACAGCUAGCGUGUACUACAUGUCAUGUCCAAAGAUGAAAGAUGUAGACAUUUAUUUGGAUGUACCCCAAAUUCUCUUGUCCUUUUGUUUUCAUGUUUGCUGUUAUUUUAGUUGCCUGAAUGAAUCAACGUCAAUACAUUUGUCACGGCAAGGCAAGAUCGUGUCCACA